AAAGCUUUACGAAGAAGACGAAGAUCACUCGUAUAUCGUCGGGCGAAGCGCAUGGUGCAAGCGUGCAUGGUGAAGAUCUAAUCUAAUUCAUUUCAUAAAAUCCGGAAGCAGAAAACAGCGGGUUGAACGGUUUUUGGUGUCAGAUAAUGCGCGACUUAGCAGAAACCAGCAUGACGAAUACGAAGAAUACGAAUACACAGCAGUCGCAAGGUGACGCUUCAUCUUCCCGGAACGACGAAUGGAGAAAGGUGCAGUUGGAAAACGAGGAGCUGAGGCGUAAAAUCGAACAACUGGAGUCGGUUGUGCACGCGAAAAGUUUCGAUAUCGCGCAUAUCAAAGCGAUUGUCGAACCGUUUAGCGGCGAAGGAACGCUACGUGUUGAAACGUGGAUCGGGAAGCUGGAAGAGGCUUUUCGUGUGCUGAAGCUGAACAAAGCACAGCAACUAGUUGCUGUGUGUGCGUUGUUGACCGAAACUGCAGCUGUUUUUCGUGGCACCGUUCAGUUCAAAGAUUACGACGAUUUCAAAGCGAAAUUGCUGGAAGAAUUUCAGGGUCACCAACAGUGCAGCGAUGAAGGCAUAGUACAGAAGCUUCGGAGUCACAAGCUGAAAGGCGUAAAUGUUUUGAAAUAUGUGUUGGAGAUGAUCACCAUUGCCAAAGGGCACAAUAUCGCGGAAGUCGAUUUGGUUGACAUUAUAAUUGAUGGUUUGCAGGAUACUUCACACGUCGUAGUAAUGCUGUACGGUGCGAAAACUAUUGCCGAGUUGAAGAGUCUUCUGCCUAGAUACAACAAACGACGCGACAAUGCUACAAUUGGUUACACAUCGAACACCACAUCGAAAAGUACAGAUAAAUAUUUCUAAUAAGCGGCUGCUUUGCUUCAUGUUCUCUGAAGGUCAAACGAUUAGGUUUGACAAUAAACACAUAAGGUGAUGGAAUAAAGAAUUUAUUUAGAUA